AUGGUAGGGACAGUUUGGUUGGUCGCUCUUUUCGGCCUAUUUUCAGCAGCUUACUCUGCGAAUUACGAAUGCCAAGGUGUUGCUCGAUACGGGCUAACGUUUUAUGGCAUGUGGAGCAACAUGACGCAUCCAAAUGCUUUUCCUUUUCCUUCGGGCCAUUUUUCGCCUCUAGUCGGCGCCUCGCACGAAUCUGCCUACUCUUUGUGGAUGUCGGGUAUGAAAGCUUCUCAAGGAGUGAAAAAUGUUGCUGAAAUGGGUAAGUUUCUCGCUAUGUUCUGCUCAAUUUUGAGACGAACGAAAUUGAAUUCAAAAAGAAGAAACUUUAAGAGGUCGGUGAACUGAAUUCAAAAUUUUCACUGAACAGUAGUGCGGGCUCUUACAGAAGGGCUCGCUUGAAGACGAGUCACAGUACCAUGCGUGCUUGAGUCAACUCCUCACUUUCUAUUACUAGCGAGUUUUAGACGUCACGGUGGCUAUUGCAACGAGAACUUCAAAAAAGCAAUAGUUUAGAUGGGCAAAACAACAACUUUGCACGUGCAUCACACUUUUGAUACAGUUCAUUGCCAUCACUGCGGGCCCACGACGCGAGAUUUUCCAUAUUUAAUGUAUUAUCGAGAAUUAAACAAACGCGGCGACAAAUUUAUCUUUCUCUUGGUUUUGAAAUUGGAUAUUUUUCUUAAGAAUUCAUGUCCAGGAGAGUCCAUCUACACUUUUUGACAAAAUGAGGAAGUUGGGAUAAUCGCAAUAAAGCGGUAAACAUCCGGUUGACGUGUGUCGCUCAAAAACGUCUUUACUCUGUACAUGUGGUUUCACUGAUUAUAUUAAUAGUAAAUAGGUUACUACGGUAACAAUGAAUACAACACUACAGUAUCUUAAACUCCCUAUUGCCUUAGUGCUUACAGUGAAAUUGUGGCUCAACCAGGAACUGAAACUGGGCCUACAGACUUCUAGUCUGAUGCCUAGAACACUCGGCCACUUAACCAAACUACUUCUCUGAUGGCGGUAUUUUCAGCAAUAUAAAUCACCUUUCUAUCCCCAAGUCGAUCGAUGUCACACGGCCCUCAGGGGUGGGGAGGGUAAUCUAAGCAACUGAUUGCAACAAUUCCCUUGGAUGGCGAUUACAGCGAUAUACAGCCGAACCCCACUUUACGGACACCAGCUCAGUACGGACACCUCGUUAUUACGGAGGGGGGAGGUACAGGAGGGUAAAUUUACCUCCUCCCUAUUAUGUUCCUCUCCCCUCAUUACGGACAGUUUUCUUUAAUUUUUCCCUGGGGAAAGAAAGCCCCUACAUUUUCUCUAAAUUCAACCCGCUUAAUACAGACACCCGUUAAUGCCUGACAACGAACUCUUAUUUCUUGCCCAAUCAACGAAUUUUCAUAGAGAGCCAACCUUGCUAAUGCGGACACGUCAUUAUCGAUUGGUGCUGUAAUAGAGCGUUACUUUUUGAAGUUAAAAAGUUAUUCAGUUGAUAGCAUGUCGAUGUUUCAGCGCUUCUGUUAUAAGAUGAUUUGUAAACGUCAAUUUUUGGCAUCAAACGAGAUGCAGAAAAGGAUUGUGAUUAAGUAAUACUAUGAAUGAGCGAUUUUUAACUGUUUCCGUGGACUUAAGCCGCGUAAAGACAGCAUCGUGAAAGUUAGAGGAGUUUAAUUUGACGACGCUUAUGUCCUCUUUUAUUUCUUAGGUAUUUUGUUCUAGUAAAACUUAUGGUUUUUUCAGUUAACUUUAAUAACAUGACGAGGGUGAUACCGACACUCCGGCUGUGAUCCGGCUUCAGUGUCCGUAUUAACGGGCUUUGGUUGGAGUACUGUUUUUAUAAUUUGGGAACAGGAAAAAAAAACACAACUAAGGAAAUGAGUGGGAAUGUGGUUCAGCCCGCACUUGAACCCAGUACAUUUACGAAAAUUUCCUGAACCUGUAGACCGUUUUCAAAUCGUCUUCACCGGGAUAACAUUAGCUACUUGGGACAAGCAACCUGCAACCCAAGCUGAUUAAGGCAUUUUCAAAAGGGAGCCAGCUUAAAUAGCCUGAAAGACCAACCGCCUUAAAGCAUCAAUAUGGCUGCCGUGAUGAAACGCUCAAUUUUGAAAUGAUAUCAAAGAAGUCAAAGCCUGUUUAUCCUCGCAUUGCGCAUUCUCUUGAUGCCGAGAAUAUGGAAUGCUAUAUUUUGGGAGAUAUAAACUGUUAUGUGGGAGAGUCCACUUAGGAUCACAAAACAACGCGCAUCACUGAGCUCUAAAUCAGCUAAUUAGUGAACCAACUCGAUCACUAAUGAAUAUUAGAUAAAAUAACUUUAAAGCAUGUUUCAGUUUUCUAUGAGUUUACCGGCACAAUAAACCAUAGGUUUUCAACCAGUCAGAAGGUGCGUACUAUAUUAGUUAUUUUAUAAAAAUCAAUAAACGGUCUUGCUCCAGAUUACUUGAUUAACCUUUUUACUCAGACCGUGAUAGUGUCACCUCAUAUUCGCUAAGAGACACUGACAGCAGCAAACUGGCUCUGAUUCCUCAGCCCCACACAGACUACCUAAAAAAUAGCUUUAGCUAUAUGGGUGCGGUGCUGCGGAAUAACCUCCCAAUCGAGUUGCGGCAGGCAGAUACUCUGAAAAGUGUUAAAGCGGGUUACGCUUGCAAAUUUUUAUCUCAUAAUCAAGUUUUUUUUUUAGUUAAGCAUUUAACCCAACUUCUCAUUCUUUCAUUCCAUUUUUCAUUAGGUAACUCAACCGUGCUGGAGCAAGAAAUAAUGCAACGCAUCAUGUCUACCAAGACAGCCUGGAAACAGAUCAAGUCCGGUAAUAUGGCAAUAAGCGGCACAGAAAGCGUGAUGAACAUCGAAGUCGAGGUCACAAAAGACUUUCCUUAUGUGUCUCUCGUAACCAUGCUCGUUCCAUCUCCCGAUUGGUUCACCGGGAUCAUGAAAGUAUCUCUUUGUAAUGUUUCGAGUGGAAUGUGGAUGGACAGUUGGACAAUUGAUGAUCUACAACCCUGGGAUGCCGGCACCGACAACGGGACAACUUUCAUGGCUGCGAAUAAUCCGACUAUGCCCCCCGGUUAUAUCAGCAUGAUCACUAAACUUGCACCGCCAACAGAUUUUAUGAAUCUUCCCGCGUCAGCAAUACCAACACUGGGUAAGAUGAUGUUCGUGAGACAAAACAAACCAACCAUGAAUCAAUGCAGUGGCAUGUACUACUACACAGUCAAGUUUGAAGCGAAGUGGUCACAGGCUACCCACCCUAAUGGAUUCCCAAGCAGCGCUCACUUUUCUCCUCUUGUCAUUGCUACUCACUCGUACAAAUACAAAAUGUGGAGUGAUAUGACCAGAGCUUCACCGGGUGUCGAAGAAGUUGCAGAAAUAGGUGGGUCAAUUUUUUCCAUUACUUACAAGGGAGAAUAAUAAGAUAAAGAAGGAAAACGCCUUUUCUAACACCCCUGUUAUAGAUAUGUGAAUUUCACCAAAGUUAUUUUUAGUCCAAUUAAACGCUUGCAAUUUACCGGAAGUUGGUUUUCGGAGAGGUCAGCAAACGUUUAUUCAGCGUUGUCAGUCGCCAUUACAAUAUUGUAAAUUAUUUUCUUUGAGCCAGUCGCGCGUAUCCUGGCUCCACAGGUCCGUUCUCGCGCGAAAUACCUAAGAUGAAGAAUCGAUCGUAAUCAAGUCACGCGUGGACUUGAUUACGUUUCAAACAAUCGAUUAAAAUGUGCGUACGUCUAAGGAAUUAGACUUCCGUUUAUUUGUAGCCUCUAAAUAUAAGAAAAAUGCGCAAUUCUCAUAUCCUGGCCAACGCCCUAACAUUCACUCUCCGGAGUUUCAUUAUUAUUUCGUAUUACGAGUUAAACUUUUCUUAGGAUUACACUGAUCGGGGUAUGCGGAGGAGAAAAAAUGUACUGGGUAAAUUAGACAAACUUAAGCCCCUAGAGUAAUAAAGUUAAUUUUACGCGGUUGCCCUGAUUAAGGAUUGCAAACCUCCAAUUCACCCUUGUACUUUGUUUUUGUCUCACUUACAAAUAAUAAAUUUGCUUUUAUUUUCCAUUAACAGGAGCGGAAGGAACAUUGUAUAACGAAGUUGAUAAGAUGAAAAAGCCCGGUUUUGUCUCCAAUGUCUAUAAAACCGGGACGAUAAGCACCCCAGGUGGUUACACGAGCACAAAAAUCAUGGUACAAAACAUGUACUCCAUGGUCUCUCUAAUCACCAUGAUCGCACCUUCACCUGAUUGGUUCGUUGGAGUUGACAGCUAUGAUCUCUGUGGAACGAAUGGAUGGAAAGAAAAGGUGACGAUGGACCUGCUCCCGUGGGAUGCUGGGACGGAGAAUGGACAAACCUACAGUUUAAAUAACAUGGCGACUGACCCUGUUGACGUCAUCAUGCGUAUCACCCCAAAUAGUAAUUCCGAUAUAGGCAAACAUGCCAAUAUACCCUUUGCUACAGUCUCUUUCACGCGCGGAGAAAUGAUAAGAACAAUGACGACGGCAAGAACAAUGACGACGGCAAGAACAACGACAACGGCACGAACAACGACGACGGCAAGAACAACGACA